AUGGCUGAAGUAAUCGGACUCGUCGCAAGCGUCAUAACUCUCGCCGAAACGGCAGUGAAGUUGGGUCGUCUAAUCAAUCGGCUGCAUGAAGCGCCAGCAGAGCUUUUGGCACUUUCAAACGAGAUUGAAAACUUUCGAGUACUGCUUUAUGAGGUCGAAAAGGUAGCUCUAGGAAACCGACCGCAAAUGGCGGAAAAGCUGUCUGAAACACUAUGCGAUGCGAACAGCAAAGUCCUUAUCAUUCGGGGUUUUUUGGAGCGAGUGGAUGCGGAUGAUGCAAAGGCGAUCGAUCGGUUAGUGUGGAUACGGCACAAAGGCAAGAUACGAACUUUUCAAUCUCAACUUCGAGAUGCAAGGCUCCAUUUGAGCGCUAUGCUCGAUGCAAAUACUUCGUAA